AAAUCUAUGGAUUCCUUUUGGCCUAUCAGUGUUUGCCUGCCAACAUUUUGCAUAAGACAUUUGAUCAUUUUGAGCUCAGUUCCAUUUCAUGAAGAUGGUGCCGUUCAAUGCAUCUAGAUAUUUUGCUACUUUUUUUUGUAGGCAUGUUGACAGUUUCUUAGAUGUAUGCUCAUAUUCCAGGAAGAUGGCUUUUUAAGGUUUAUCUUCACAUCUUUAAUACUCACGAUAGAGGAGAGAUUUCUGUUUUGUAAAUGGAACAAUUUUGAAUGACUUAACCAAAGACAGCAAAGCUGUCACAUGAGCCAUGUAAUGUGUGUACCCUCUCGAUCUUUCCAGGGGAACUAAGGGUUUGGUCUCUUGUACAGUUCCUUUCUGUGAUGUGGGGGGUUAAGUUGCGCCAGCAUAUGUCUACAAUGACAGUAACUAUGAUAGAUAAAGCAUAACUUUUGGAAGUUAUUAGAAACAGUUGCUAAUCCUGGUGGACUUGAACUUCCCUCAGGUGUACAUGUAGUAUGGGAUGAGGGGAAAUGAAAUGUCUUGAAAACAGGGGUACAGUAAGUCCUUUACAUACAAACCUUAAGAUGCAAACAUGUCCAAUCAUGUAAGUUAAUUCAGGUGUCUGGUGUACAUUGUCACACGCGUGCAUCCUCUACAAGUGGUUGUGUUUUAGUAUACUUUACAGUACUGUAUGGAGUAUAGUAGGACAGUAUCUGUAUUUUAAGCCCAGGAUGUCUGGAAACAAGCAUAAAAGCAGCAGUGACAUAGGUGGUACUGCUGAAGAAUGAAAGAGAUUCAUGAUGCAGGAAGUGGUAAGGGGGUUUUCUUUAUUUGAGGAGGCACUGUUAGUUUUUGAGGCAGAGGACCUGGACGUAGAAUGGUACACGAAAGUUGCAGCAACCAUUCAGAAUGCAAUGCAGUGCUACUGUGUCAUCUGAUGAGAAGAAGAGCUAGUACCCAGAUAUCACUGGAUCAUUUUUUCAGGAGGGUAGAUAGAGUUGAAUCCAGCAAGGGACCAGAACCUGUGCCAUCAGUGUCAGGCAUGAGUGAAAUUGCAGCCUGCCCUCCAUCUCCUGUUGCUAAUGAUCCUUCAGCUCUGCCAUCUCCCACCUCCUCUUCCUCCAGUCAGUAAUUCAUGGCCUGUUCACUCGAGGCCAGCCCCUAUAUGCUAGCUGUUGUACUUUUCAAGGAGAGAAGAGGAGCCUUACCUGACUUGUGCAGUUAACAAUGCUUUGGGGGCCUUUAUUUGGCAGGGAGAUUAGUAAAGACAGGAAGAUGCCACCCAAGCGUAUAACUAAGAGAAGGUCACCCCCCGAAGAUGCCCUCCCCAAAAGCAAGAAGGUGAAGGACCCUGGUAACCAGGCAGUGAGGGUCGUUGCCUCCCGCCGCGUUCCAGGCGCCCGCUCCUGCCAAGGUGCCUGCGGGCCGAGCCCUCCUGACCAGAAAGCCCGACCAGUCUCACAUAGGUCCCACAACACAGAACCGGGUUUGGUGCUGACGCUGGGCCAGGGCGACGUGGGCCAGCUGGGGCUGGGCGAGAAUGUGAUGGAGAGGAAGAAGCCAGCCCUGGUGCCCAUUCUAGAGGACAUCGUGCAAGCUGAGGCUGGGGGCAUGCACACUGUGUGUCUAAGCAAAAGUGGCCAGGUCUACUCCUUCGGCUGCAAUGAUGAGGGUGCCCUGGGAAGGGACACAUCAGUGGAGGGCUCAGAGAUGGUCCCUGGGAAAGUGGAACUGCAAGAGAAGGUGGUACAGGUGUCAGCAGGAGACAGUCACACAGCGGCCCUCACCGAGGAUGGCCGUGUCUUCCUUUGGGGCUCCUUCCGGGACAAUAAUGGUGUGAUCGGGCUCUUGGAGCCCAUGAAAAAGAGCAUGGUGCCUGUGCAGGUGCAGCUGAGUACGCCCGUGGUGAAGGUGGCCUCAGGAAACGACCACUUGGUGAUGCUGACAGUUGAUGGCGACCUCUGUACUUUGGGCUGCGGGGAGCAGGGCCAACUGGGCCGCGUGCCUGAAUUAUUUGCUAAUCGUGGUGGCCGGCAGGGCCUCGAACGACUCCUGGUCCCCAAGUGUGUGAUGCUGAAAUCCAGGGGAAGCCGGGGCCAUGUCAGAUUCCAGGAUGCCUUCUGUGGUGCCUACUUCACCUUUGCCAUCUCCUCUGAGGGCCAUGUAUAUGGCUUUGGCCUCUCCAACUACCAUCAGCUAGGAACCCCAGGCACAGAAUCUUGCUUUGUACCUCAGAACCUGACAUCCUUCAAGAACUCCACGAAGUCCUGGGUGGGCUUCUCUGGUGGCCAGCACCAUACAGUCUGCAUGGAUUCAGAAGGAAGAGCAUACAGCCUGGGCCGGGCUGAGUAUGGGCGGCUGGGCCUUGGGGAAGGUGCCGAGGAGAAGAGCGUACCCACCCUCAUCUCCAGGCUGCCCGCCGUCUCCUCGGUGGCUUGUGGGGCCUCUGUGGGAUAUGCUGUGACCAAGGAUGGUCGUGUUUUUGCCUGGGGCAUGGGCACCAACUACCAGCUGGGCACAGGACAGGAAGAGGAUGUCUGGAGCCCCGUGGAGAUGACAGGCAAACAGUUGGAGAACCGUGUGGUCUUAUCUGUGUCCAGCGGGGGCCAGCACACAGUCUUACUAGUCAAGGACAAGGAACAGAGUUGAUGAAGCGUCUGAGGGCCUGGUUUCCGGCCCCCCCACCUCCCUCCUGGAACAAGGAAGCCAUGAUGUCUACAUAUUCCAGCAGGCCUCUUCUAGCUCCAAGUACUCUGUCAUCUCCUGCCUUUUUCCCAUCAGCAGAACAGAAUGCUUCUCUUUUUUUUCCCUCCUUUCCCGGAAUCAUCCUGGGACCUACAGGAUGAGGGUGGGAUAGAUGGAAGAGGGGAGGGGGGUUUAAUCAGAAGGAACAUUGCUGACCCCACAGCUAUGUGGUUAGACCUUUCCCCCUCAUCCCUAUUUCCCAUGGUCCUGGCUGACCCUGGUUUUGCCUAUCAAAAACCAAAACUUCCUCUCCUGCGUGUUUGGUGCCCAUACUCUGAGAAGUCGGGGCUCUGCCAAGCCCUGCUCUAGUCACGUGCCACUCUUCCUGUCCUUCACAACCCACAGACAGACAAAUGGUACCGUCCUGAGACCCAGCUGUCAUGGACCUACGCCUGGGGAAACUGGAGAAGGGGCAGGGCUACCCAGCCAUGGGCAACCCCAAGCCAAAUAUUUGGCCCUGAACAGGUGCCCAUGGGGCAAAAAGAAAAACAGUGAUCCUCCGCUUGAUCAAGAAAAAAGCCAGUCAGCCUUUCUCCCAGAAGCACAAAGCAUUCUGCCCUUCAGGCCUUGUCUGCCCACCCAUCCAACCUGCCUCACCUGCAAGCCAAGGGCCUGAAAUCCAGAAAGGAAGCUAUGCCUGCAGGGCGGGACCUCGGGGAGAGGGGAAGGAGGGCUUUAUAAGCAAACUUACAGCAAUAUUGAGAGUGAAGGGAGGGCAGGGAAGAGGGUUGGAGGGGCAGAGACUGGUCCCCAGAAAGGGAAGCAGUAGCUUGUACAGAGGCUGAAAAAAUAGAAGAGAAUAUUGAUUUUUUUUUUAAUGUAAAGUAUUUUGGAGGGGAGAGUGAAAUCUUUUAACACUUUGAAUAAAUUUAGAGUUUUAUAAAACAGGCCACUUGUUUUCUACAUGCUCCCUGCUUUUUUAAGGGAGCACCUGCUGUGUUGGGAUGGGCAGAAUAACCCCAUGCCUGUAGCCCUGGUGAAGACUAGGGCUUCAGUGAUGUCAAGAGGUCCUGGUGUGUGCCAGUCAGCUGGGGGUUUUUUUUUGUUUUUUUGUUUUUUGUAUGGAACAGUGGCUGUUCUAGACAAAUAAAAAAAAGUUGAUUGAUUUUUGUUAGGUAUUUAUGUUUCAGGAAUCACUGGAUUUUUAAAAAAAUUAUACUGUAUAUUGUGUGAGACAUGGGAUGGAUCUUUUAAUAUCCUAAUCCCAAACCAAGAUUUUUGAGUACAGUACAUCUCUAGAAAUACUUAUGCUAAGUUUAAUGAUGUACUGUAUCAUUUCAAAAGCUAGUAUAACUAAUUAAACAUGAUUAACUGCACAGUAACAACUUAAUGCAUAAUGACGUAGAUUUUCACAGGCAUUUGAGCAACCAAAUCAUAUAGAGCUGACCUGUCCAGUAUGGUGGUCAGUACCUACAUGUGGCUGUUUACAUUUAAUUUAAAUUUGUAAAAAUGUAAAAUGGACUUCCUCGGCUGCACUAGCCACAUUUCAAGUCCUCAGUAGUCAGAAGUGUCUAGCGCCUAUGGUUCUGGGCUAUGCAAAUACAGAAAUUUAUAGAACAUUUCCAUAACUGCAGAAAGUUACAGUGAACAGUGCUGAUAUAGGAGGUUUGUAUAUUAGAGCAGGAAAGUUUUACUAGCACCAGGAGGAUUCUUCCAUAUCAGUGACUCUUGGAAAAAUGAAUAUGAUGUAAAAUAACUUAAAAUGUAUUCUGUGAUUGUUUUUUUUCCUUGAACUUUUAGUUUUGAUGCAUGUACUAUCCUGAUUAGAAAUUGACUUCUUAGAAGGGAAAAAUCA